AUCGAGCUUUACAGGUUUCUCGGCACAUAACAUGAAGACAUCUCUCGCGUUCUUGAGCCUGCUGGCCGCCGGGGCCGAUGCCUUCGUGCCCGCGGCACCGGUGCUCAGCACCCGCGCUGCCGCCAGCAGCUCCGCCACCAGCGCCGUGCAGCACGUGCCCGUGCGCAUGGGCCUCAACCCCGAGCUCGCCGCCAACUUCCCCCGGGACUUCGCCACCAUCCCCAAGGGCACCGACUACGGGGAGGGGAAGGACGCAGAGAUGAACAAGCUGUUCGAGGAGGUGCGCAUGUCGAACCUGGAGAGCCAGCUCGCGGACUCUUUCGCCAAGCUUGUCGCUGAGAAGAAGAACCCGAUCUUCACGACGGCUCUCAUCGCCGGGGAUUGCGUCAUCCUCGACGCCAUCGCCAAGGCCGGUCUUCUGGACAAGAUCAAGGUCGUGUUCGUCGACACGUACUUCCUUUUCCCGGAGUCCCUCGACUUCUUGCACGAGGUUGAGGAGCACUACGGCUUCAAGGCGUCCAUCUACCACUGCGUGGACUGCGAAACGCAGCAAGACUUCUAUGACAAGUACGGCGAGGACUACUGGAUGGAGGACAUCGACCAGUACGACAAGAAGUGCAAGGUGGAGCCCCUGAUGCGGGCCCUCAAGGAGGCCGAGACGGAGGCCUGGAUCAACGGUCGCCGCCGAGACCACGGCUUCGAGCGCGCCGCCCUGCCCGUGUGGGAGGGGACCAAGUUCAACCCGCUGUCCUUCUGGUCGUUCGAGGACUGCUGGACCUACCUGCGGAAGCACAACGUGCCCUACCACCCCCUGCACGAUGUCGGCUUCUCCUCCCUGGGGGACAUGCAGAGCACCCGCAAGGUUCCGCUCGAGAACUGGUUCAGCUACGGCGGGGAGCGGUCCGGCAGGUUCGAGGGUAUGAAGAACAAGGACGGCUCCGAGAAGACCGAGUGCGGCAUCCACAGCAAGUAAUACAGCCAACACGAGAAAAGAGAAGGGAAACGAAAAACGGUUCUUUUUUUUUUCGGGGAGGGAAGAAGUUACCCCUCUUCCUCUGAGGGGUGGUACUAUUCUUAUCAUAGACUUUAGGCUUCGGCGAAGAAGGCGGUCCUCGGAUGGGGACCGUAUACGACCGCACAGAUAGUGACACGACCAGUUCGGUACGUUUUUUUUUGUUUUUGCUGAGAAGGGCGCCUGCCAUUUCGGUCCAGGUCUGUUUGUUAGAGUCAGCCCUGGUUUGAGGGGUCGGGGUCUGUUUUGGGAGGAUGGCGUGUCUUGUUGCCUGUACCUGCCGCCCCUUGCCUGCCCUGUGUGGGGCUUGGCUGGGGCGUGAUGAACAUAGAGUUACCAAUUCAUUUAUCUAGGUACAUAGGGAAAAUACUCACGGCGCCGAAAGCUAGGCUUGUGCCGCCCUGGAGAUCACGAGAUUUGACGCGUUACUCCUCGGUUUGGUUACGUCAAAGUUGCUUCCAAACGGGUUUGUUCUCCAGCGGCGCCCUCGCCCGGUGCCUCCCGUUAUGCUUGCAUAUAAAGGGUCUUUGUUAGGCACAGGAUAUUGAAUGAGCUGUCCCCCUCCCCGCUGUUGCACCCUCUGGAUCAUGCCCGUUUCGUGUAGUCGAAGUUAGACUGGCGGUCGUUAUGUGUUUGUUCCUUUGGGUGGGGAAGACCAGGCCUCCAUGGACUGUUUGUGGUUGCCAUCGCUCGCAUGUAGGUUGCACGCAUCAUCGGGGGGACGCUCUAGCAGCAACUCGUUUCAACGCGCGCUGCAGGGGGUGUGAUGGGCGUUACGAUAUUAUCGCUCACAAACAUCAGUCGGUUUGGUCAUACCUGGUAGAUGUUUUGUUUCUUGUGAUGGUAUCACUGCUGUCUCAGUGUGUUGAGGACUCAAAGAGACGCAUACUUCAAGUCGAUUAUCACCCAGCGGAUUUCCCCCCUUAAUCACAGCAGUAAAUACUUCAUUUGAACGCAUGCCUUCGAACGAGGUACGUAUUUUCCCGAACGGGUAGUUAGUCGUGUUGAGUUUGUUGAAGUUGUUGCAAGUCAUGUUUAUCAAGUCCGU